CGAACCCGGAAGUUUACACAGUACCCACUACUGCUUGUAAUUAACUCACCAACAGCGGUCGUAAUCCAAGCCCGUGAAUCCUUUAAAAAAGUGGUAAUUUCGAUAAAACUGAGGUACAACGUACAAUUUUAAAUUGCCAACCAUGUCGGUGUCCCUGAAGUCUGUCUUUGCUUGCCUGCCAAGAACGGAGAGGGGUAAAAGCAUGAAACUUGGCAGUGAUCCAAAAGGGAAGAACUUUCUUUACUGCAAUGGGAAUUCCGUUUUCAUAAGAGACAUCGAGAAUCCUUUGAUAUGCGAUAUAUAUUCCGAGCAUAUGUAUUAGGUAAAGUACGUAUUUGGGACACCACUCAAAAGGAGCACAUUUUGAAAUAUGAGUACCAACCAAUUGCGGGACCAAUCACUGACAUUGCAUGGUCGCCAGAUAGCAAACGGUUGGCCAUAUCCGGUGCUGGAAGACAGUCUUUUGCCGAAGCUUUUAUGGCUGACACUGGUACGUCAGUAGGAAAAUUGUUUGGUCAUCAGAUGAUAGCAAAUUCUGUUGCUUACCGACCAACUCGACCUUUUAGGAUUGUUACUGGCUCGGAUGAUAAAACUGCUUGCUUCUUCGAAGGACCACCAUUCAAAUAUAAAUCUACCCUGAAUGAUCAUGCAAGAUUUGUGAAUAUUGUCAGGUUUUCAUCAGAUGGUAAUCACUUUGCUACUGGUUCCUCAGACUGUAAGGUCUUCCUUUAUGAUGGCAAGGAGGGUACCCUGGUGCAUGCCCUUGGUGGGGGAGAUGCUAUCCAUGCUGGUGGAGUAAUGUCUCUUGCUUGGAGUCCUGACAAUACUCAACUGCUUACAGUGUCAGCAGACAAAACAGCAAAAUUAUGGGAUGUACAAGAAAAUAAGUUGAUUGCAGAGCAUUGUUUUGGAAAUGAUAUUCAACAACAACAGCUAGGCUGCCUCUGGCAGGGUAAACAUAUCCUCUCUGUCGCUUAUUCUGGUGAGAUAUCCUACCUAGAUUUCUCUAGCCCGUCCAAAGUCAUCCGUACGCUCAGGGGACACCAAAAAACUAUUACAUCGAUAACCCCAUCACAAGACAAGUCAACUCUCUUCUCUGCAAGUUUUGAUGCCAAUAUUAGAUCUUGGAACCGAGAAUCAGGAGAUUGUGAAGUGGUUGAAAGUAAGCACAAAAAUCAAGUCAAUCGCAUGGUCACUGUUGAGGAUAAGGUUUUCACAGCGGCCAUGGAUGACACAGUCAAGAGCUUUGAUGCUGUUAGCAAGACAUUUUCGGAUGAAUCUUUUGGAACAAACGGCAUUCCUAAAGGACUAGAUGUUGUUGGUGACUUGACUGUGAUUGCAACUGCGAAAGAGGUAACAUUAUUGCGAAAUGGGAAGAAAGUUUUCAGUGAGGCAUGCAAAUGUGAAUCUCUGUCUGCAACUGUUCACCCAGGGAAGACAGAAGCUGCUGUGGGAAGGGAGGAUGGCAAAAUAUUCAUCUACACAGUAGAUGGUGACACAUUAGUGAAGAGCAAUGAACUGAAUGCUGUGACUGCUGUUAAUGAUGUGUGCUAUUCCCCUGAUGGCGUCUACCUUGCUGGGGUCACCUCAGGAAAAAAUGUCUGUGUAUGGAAGGUUGAUGAGUCAUAUAAAUCAAUGGAUUUUGGUUGGCAGUAUCAUGCUGCAAGUGUGACAAGGGUUAAUUGGUCACCAGACAGCCGCCACUUGGCCACUGUGAGCUUGGACACCCAUAUAAGGAUAUGGAGUAUUGAAAAAGAAACAAAUUUUAUUUUCUUUAAAAGAGCGCAUGGAUCAGGCCCCAUCACUGAUGUGGCAUGGUUAGAUGACAACACAGUUGUGACUUCUGGAAAUGAUUGCUGCCUUAAGGAAUGGACUGUCAAGCACUCAUAAAAUCUAUGUUACCAAAGUUUCUGAAAGAAAUCUAGCAAAUAACAUCAAGAAACCUCAGCAUUACAUAAGAUGUAAUUAUUUUUAUAAUGGCAUAGUUUAUUAAUUUCUGUAGGGUCGUAAUAUCGAUGGUGAUUAAACUCAAUGAUGGUAAGGAGUUCUUUAAUAAUAUCACACUGUGCCGAAGCUUCAGUAGUAUUAGUUACGAUCCACAGCAAUGUACUAAGCCUCAGGCAGAUAUUCAAACCAUAGAGACAUGAUUUACAAUCACAUUUGCUAGCUAAAAUCGGUAACAUUGAUUGAUCAUGUGAUUAAUUAUAUUCAUGGAAGCAACCAUAACUUAUUUUUUUCUCUAAAAAAUCCACACAGAAUAUAAAAACAAGAGAAUAUUUGUUGAAUAUAUUUUGAUGGUUUAUUAUCAUAUUUUUGAUUUUUUUAAAAAUUGUUAGCUCAUUAAUAUUACUGACAUUCUAAUACUUAUUCUAUAUUUUAAUAAUUAGUAAAUAAAUAAAAAUUAUAUUUUAUGGUUUGUUUUGAAAUUACCAGAUGAUAAGGCAAACGUUAAAGUUAGCACAUAUAGCCUUUAAAGUACGGCUCUUACCUUGGUUAGUAAAUUACAUUAGGAUUAUAGUAAUAAAUACUUAUAAAUACUUAUACUUAUAAAUAUUUUGAGAAUUGUAAUCUUGGGAUAUAUAUAUAGGCAUACAGCAGUUUUUUUUUUGUCAAAGAAAAUUCACAGUGCUAUGAGAAAUAAGAUAAAGAGAACCUAAUUUGGAAUAAACUCUAAGUAUAAGAUGCCAUUAUGAUCCUCAAUUUUAGUACUUCAUUAUCAGGAAUCAUUCUCUAAUAAUUAUUCCAGAUGACAAUAAUUAAAAAAUUAUUGAUCUCAAAGUUAAGCAUAUAUGAAGUACAUUAAUUACUUCUGAUCAUCAAUUCCGUUUUUUUAACGACCUGCAAAACCGUUGAUGAGAUAAUCAAUAGAUAACCCAUGCAUACUGGAGAUUAAUUAGUAAGUCUUCAUUUAGUAAUUUUUGUAAAUAAAUCAUUCAUUGAAAGGGUAGCUUUGCUAAAAAUUUAAUGCCAUUUUGUAUAGUUUACAAUUUUACAGUAUUUUGAAAAAUCUCAUAUUUAGUUUAGGUCAAUGCCUUUCUAUUGAUUAAAUUUUUCUACUCAUAUGAUUUAUUAAAAGGUAUGUCAGUCACCUCUCAAUUGUUGCUUAUUAAAGAUGAGACAUGUACCGCAAA